AUGAAGAAGCUUGAAUCCCAAGUGGGAUAUCUCUCUCAGCAAAUCCCUAAACCCACAGAUAGCUUCCCAAGUGACACUGAGAAGAAUCCAAGAGAAGAAACAAAGAAUCUAAAAUGGGAAGAAUGUAAGGCAAUUACUUUAAGGAAUGAGAAGCCCUUGGAAGAAGAAGCUAUCAAGCCAACAGAGUACAACAAAAGGCCCCCAAAGGAGAAAUUAGAAGAGCCAAAACAAGGAAAUGACCCUGCACAAAGGGAGGAUCUAAUGGAGAAGGAAGUCUUGAAACUUUAUGUGCCACAAGCACCAUUCCCUCAAAGGCUCAAGGGUGGUGACAAAGAGAAGAAGUAUUCUAGGUUUCUAGACAUAUUUCAAUCUCUCCAUAUCAAAAUUCUCUUCAUUCAAGCCCUCCAACAAAUGCCUUCAUAUAUCAAAUUCAUGAAAGAGUUGCUAACCAAGAAGAAUCCCUUGAAGGGUGGACAGACAGUAGUAAUGACUAAAGAGUGCAGUGCCCUUAUCCAGAAAGACUUACCUAUAAAGAAGAAGGACCCAGGGAGUUUUCAUAUGCCUUGUGCUAUAGGGGAUACAAUGAUUGACUGA